GCUCCCCCUUCCGGGCUGCCUUGGUAGGGCCCGUAAAGCUAUCCUAGAAUCAUUUCUAACCUUGACAGUUGGAUUCUGUGAUUGUGCUCCCCCACUCAGGGCUGACUUGGUAAAGCCCGACUCUUCUCUCACAUCCGGUCACCAGUUCUUUUCCGGACUCCCAUAUCGGAAGUGGGGGCUCUCCCGCCUCCUCCGGCUCUGCCUCGCCUCCUCUGGGAAAUCUUUUGCCCUCCUGCAGAGGCCAGUUCUAGGCGGCACUGGUGCACGGGAGGGGUCGGGGUGGAGGCUUAUCUGCUAUUAUAACGAGGCUGUGUUCUCCUCUACUUCGCUCCUGACUGCAGACCAAGCCCGGGAGCCAGUUCCGGGUAGGUGGAAAUGCAGCCCAGCCCGAGGGCAGGGGAGAACCCGGACCCCGACCCGAUGGGAACGAAGAACCCUGGGCCCGUCUCUGCAAGAGAAGAGGACCCGGCCCCCAGCCCUGCUGUGGUGGAUAAUGUGAUGCCCCGUGUCCCCGGGCCUCCGGCUCGGGAGGAGGAAGGUGGCCCUAGCCUCCUCGGAGAUGCUGAUCGGGCAGAAGACCCGCGCUGCCCUGAGGUUGAGCAGGCGGGACCGACUCGCCCCUGCGCCCUGGACCAGGGCCCGGCGCUGCCCAAGGCGAAGAGGGAGGUUCCGGAACCGUCCCGUGCCGUGUCUCUUUCGGAGAUUCUGCGGCUGGUCCAGCAAGGGCAGGACAUUCCCGGGCUGGAGAAGCUGCACAUUACGGCCACCUGCAGGGAGCCCACCGCAUCGCGCAUCCCCCGGAGGCCCAAGCCUUGGGAAACCCGGCUUCCGGCCAGCCCCGCCGUGCCCUCGCCCUAGACCCGGCUAGACUAGAUCGGCGGCGGACCCCCCAACUCCCGGUACCUGUGGGGGGGAGAGGGGGCAGACCUUUGCGAAUACCGCCGCCUGCUGCCACUUUUUUUAAGCAAACAUGGAGAGCUUGCCUUGUGACUGGGGCGAGGCUUUCGGGAGGAAAAGAGUACCCUCUCUGAGAGCGGAGGGGCAUAAUGCAAAGGGCGGUAAACUUGCCUCAGAAGUGGAUUUCAGCCGCUUCGGACACUCCUACAUAGAGCAAAUCAGUCCACUUCCCAGCCACUUUCCUCCACACAAGGAAAUUGUUAUGCUGAGGAAAACGUGCAAACUUUAUACGAGGCCGGUUACCUGAACAGAAGUUUUGUUUCCGUUGCUUUGAGGACAAACUAAAACUUUGUUAGCUUGAGGACAGUUAUAGAAGGGAAUGAAUUUGAAUACUUAAUGAAAAAAAUGCUUACAAAGUUGAGACUUGACACUCUUGACGCUGUUUAAGUAUUCAGUACCGUUCUCAAGCUAUUGAAAGUACAAACCAACCAUAGAACCAAACGUUAUAAAACCAGUUUAGACAAUAUGAAAAUCCAGUUUUAGUUUCUCUUGAAUAUUCCCUUUCCAAAUGGGAGUUUAUGAUGUGUGUAGAUUAUAAAUAAAUAUGGUAUACUUAA